GUGGCUGCUGUAUUCACACGGCUGCUGAAAUGUAACCUAGCUGGAACUGUCAUGUAUGAAUUUACAAAAAAAAAAUCUGUGUCGAAUCUGCCGUGCUACUCCACAGUCAGCAGAGCAAGAUGGCGAUCCCUACGAAGCAGUACGGGCUGAUCUUGCCACAGAAGAAAGGAGCGUUAAAGUCAGCAACCUUGCAGAAACCCUCAGUGUUUGGCGAUGACUCAGAUGACGAGACGUCAGUUGGGGAGAGUCUGCAGAGAGAAGCUAUCAAAAAGAAGAUGAUGAAGCAGACACGUUUGGAGAUGCAGAAGGCCCUGGAACAGGACAGCACUGUAUAUGACUACGAUGCUGUGUACGAUGACAUUCAAAAACAGAGAAAUGAGAGCAACAAAAAAACUCUGGGAGGCACAGACAAAAGGCCAAAGUAUAUCCACCAGUUAAUGAAAGCAGUCGAGGACCGAAAGAAAGAACAAGAACGAAGGGAAGAGAGGAAGAUCCAGAAGGAAAGAGAGGCAGAGGGAGAGAAGUUUGCUGAUAAAGAGGCUUAUGUUACCUCCGCCUACAAGCAAAAACUGCAGGAGCAGAAGGAGGAGCAAGAGAGAGAGAGGAGAGAGGCAGAGAUGGAAGCUGCUUUGGAUGUGAAGAAACAAAAAGACCUGAGCGGCUUCUACCGACACCUGCUGAAUCAGACUGUAGGAGAGGAGGCGAUACCAGAUCGCUCAGCAAAUAAAACCCAAACCUCCAAGGUUUCAAAAGACAUAGAGGGGACUUCGCCUGUUCCCUCAUCUACGUCCCAUGACAAUAUCCCCAGUUCAUGCAGCGAGAGUGAGGAGGGGCACGAGCAGAAGUCAGGGUUUAGCAAGCCUGGGGCAGGCUCUACACAUUCAAAACGCCAAUACAGACAGAGGUCGCCCUCAUCAGGGAGCGGAGAAGAUAAGGAGAAGGAAAGAGAGCGGGAGAGAGAGAAACAUAAGAAGAGUCACAGAGAUCUAGACAGAGACAGAGGGAGGGACAGAGAUAGAGACAGAGACAGAGACAGAAACAGGGCAAGGGAAAGGGAUGACAGACAUGGAGGAAGGAGAGACGACAGGGAUAGAAGGAAAGAGAGGGAUAGGGACAGAGACAGAGACCGAGACCGAGGUAGAGAAGAUGACAGAAGUAGAGGCAGGGGGGAUACAGAGAGGGAAGACAGGCAAGGGAAGAGGGAGAGGAGCCCUAAAGAAAGAGAGAGGGAUAAGAAUGGGGAAAAAGAGAAGAGAAAGAAUUCAGUUGAAGAUGAGCGGAAGGACAAAGAUCGGAAGGAAGAGAGGGAGAGAAGGAAGGAACCAGAGAAGGAGAAAGCAGUGAGGAAGGAAGACAAAAACUCAGAUAAGAAGGAAGAAGCCGGAGCACAGGGAAAGGAAAAAGAAGGCGAAGAAAAAGAGGAAAUGGAGGAAAAGGCAAACAAGUUUGCAAAGCGCAGCACAGAUCAGACUGUGAGUUCGGCGAGAGAGAGGUACAUGGCCAGACAGAUGGCACGCACGGCCUGUAAGAGCUAUAUCGAGAGGGAGGAGGACUGAGAGUGGCCCAGCACAACGCAAACAUCUCUGGAUUGCACACAAUCUUUAUCUCAAUCGAGAGGAUGAGGCUAAUGUUAUUUUAUAGUUUUCCUACUGAAAAUACAUUGUUUCAUUUGAUUUUCUUUUCAAGGCUCAAAAAGUUCCUAAAACAGCUGGGCACCGUAGUUUUUAGCAAACAUUCCUCAAACGGAGGUAAAUAUUUCAUUUGUUGGAGAUUACUUUCACCCGCAGGUUUAAUACACAUUUGUUACAUUUAAAGCAGUACAGCAGUGUAUGUGAAACUGACUAUUAAUUAUUAUUAAUUACAGUGCCCAUGUUAAUUGAAAUGAAAGAGGAAUGAAAGAAUGUGUCACCCAGUGCAAAAGUGUGGCUUACUGAUGUGUUUUUAAUAGCCAUGGACAACAACAGAGGUAUGGCACAGAAGAAUAAGCAAUAUUAGGCUUUGGCUACUCAGACAAUGCAUGUCAGCGGGAUCAAUAGAUUGUUGAUUAUAGGCUUUUCAUGGGAUUGGAUGACAAUAAGAAAAAUACUGAGUCUUGCCAACUUUGGUGACCUGGGCGAUAAAUACAUUUUUUUUUUUUACUUGAAUAGGUGGAAUAUUGAUUUAUUAUUGUGAAAUAAGAAAGUUGACUUGUAAAUAUGAUUUUUGACAGAGAGCCUCUUGUAUCAACACAUAAAGGAAUGAGCAUAUGUGUGAAAUUUUAUCUUAUUGCUUAAUUGGGAGGCUGGAUGAGAGUGUAACGAUGUGUGAACCAGUGAUGUUGUGUUUAUUCACUUUUUGUUGAGAUUUUGUAUCUUUCUCUUGUAGUCGUGAUGAAUUAAUAAAACAAUGU